AUGACAAUCGGUGAUAGUUUAAAUAACAAUAGCAACAACAAAAAGACAGGACAAGACAAUGUUGAAAAGGAUAUGGGAUAUAUGAGUAUUCCAGAUUCAGAGAUCAUCGUCCCAAAUGCAAUCGACAGUUAUCUUCGAAAGAAAUUAAAGGAUCAAACAUUGACAGAUUGUGAAAGCAGUGUUAGAGAGUUUGCUAGAUGUACCGAAGACAAGUUAUUCUCUGUCAUUUGGGAAUGCAAAGAACAACAACAAAAAAUGAGAGAAUGUCUUACUUCACAUACAACACCAGAAAGAUUACAAGCAUUAAAGAGAGAAUGGAUCGAUCAUACUAAACAAAAAAUAUGGGAAUUAAAGAAACAACACGAACAAGAUCUUCUCAACAAUAAUAAGACUAAUUAG